CAUCUCGUCAAAACAAAGCGGGGGCGAGCCGCAGCCAGAGAGCGAGCGGCAGUUCCUGCCUCAUGAAUGAGAGGUCGGUCGGACCCUUCGUCCCGCACCCUGACGCCCGCCCGUGGGGCUGCGCAAUCCGGCGUGGUGCAGCUAGAGGAGCCUGCAGCUGAUGAGUCCCGGUCAGAAGACGCUUCCUCUCGGCUGUACAUGACCGCUUCAUCCCACCGGCUGCGACACGACGGGAUCAGGAACGAUGCUUGACGGACUCCGGCGGCGGCACGCCUCCCGCUCCUCCCCCAGACCCCUUUCCCUCAACUUCAGCACCUUCUCGGCCCCUCCCCCGAGCCCGGACAUGGACAGCAGCGGCACCGAGCAUCCGUUCAGGAGGACUCUGCACCGGCUGAAGUUGAUGAGCUCGCCAAGCCUCAGUGAGCUCGGUAAGAGUGAGAAAAGUUCACCGGAGGACAGAGGGGAGAAGCAGAAGAGGGCCGGAGCCAACGCCACCUGGAACAGCAUCCACAACGCUGUGAUAGCAGUCUUCCAGAAGAAGGGCCUGGCCGACAAUGAACUCUACACCCUGAAUGAAGGCGUCCGGCAUUUGUUGAAAACUGAGCUGGGUUCUUUCUUCUCAGAGUACCUCCAGAAUCAGCUUCUGACAAAAGGCAUGGUCAUUCUUCGGGACAAAAUAAGAUACUAUGAAGGCCAGAAGUUACUCGACUCCCUGGCAGAGACCUGGGACUUCUUCUUCUGUGACGUCCUCUCCAUGCUGCAGGCCAUCUUUCACCCAGUCCAGGGUAAGGAGCCCUCUGUCAGACAGCUGGCCCUGCUUCACUUCAGGAACACCAUCGUCCUGAGUGUGAAGUUGGAGGACGCGUUGUCUCGGCCGCGGGCCCGCGUGCCACCCUCUGUCACGCAGAUGUUGCUCAUACUGCAGGGGGUCCAUGAGCCGCGCGGCGUUAAUGAGGAUUAUUUAAGACUGGAGUCUCUGGUACAGAAGGUGGUCUCACCUUACCUGGGCACCCACGGCCUUUACUCUGGAGAGGAGGAUGACGAUCACUGCUGCGUUUUUGACAAGCGUGUCCCGUGGGGCUGGCCCAAGUCUGCAGACCAGCCAUCCAAAAACCCUGUGGUACGAUCUAAGAGCUACAACAUCCCCCUGCUGCUGACCCCCGUGGCGGAGUACGACCCGGAUCCCAGCUCGGCCGGCAGCGGAGGGAUCCGCCGCCACUCGGCUUGUGAGAUUAUAUCAUGCCUGGAGGAACAGGGGCUGACCUACUCCGACCUGGCUCCAGGAUCUGAGCUGUCUGGUCCCUCCUCCAACAGACUCUGUGUGGGCUCUCAGUUUAAUGGGAUUAUACAAGCAGGCGCCGGUGCCAUGGACCUGGCCCUGUCCUCCCCUUCCAUCCUUCAUUCCUCAGGCGCGCUCCACGGCACGGAGGCCACCACAACAGUGACUGACCUCAGCAAGGGGGCGUCCUCCUCGCCGCCCAGUGAAUCGUCCAGCCCUGAAACCAUAAUUGGACAAGUUCCGGGGUCUGCCGGGUCAGACUCGGAUGGGAUAUUUAUUGAGUUCCCUUCUCACUCUUCGGGUGGAAAGAGCCUUAGCCGCGAGAGCAGGCAGAGCACUGUGUAGCUGUGGUCCCCUUCAGGGACCCGCAGCGAGGGUGUGCGGGAAUAUUUUGGUAGAAAAUGGGACACAAAAUUAAUACAUUUCAGCAAAAGGGUACAUCUUCCAUUUUACUUUUAUACUUUCAAUGACAACCUUCUUCCAGUGUGGAUAUUAUUUAAAUUAUUUUAUGAAACCUUUAAGCAGCUAUGAAAAAAAUCAGCAUGCAUGUCCAAGUUGACAUGAAGUGGUACUGAUGGCUGAAGAUGUGUUGUUCCUAAAUGAUGAAACCUUUUUACUAUUAAAAAAAAAGUCCCAAGUCCCAACAAGAUGAUGCAAUCAACAAACACAAAAGAGCAUCUAAAUAACUUAAAAUGUUAUUGAAAUGUUAACUUAUUCCAAGAAUUCAUCUUAAAAAGUGAAACUUAUAUAUUGGAUAGAUUCAUUAUACACACAGAGAUCUUCAAACAUUUAUUUCUGUUAAUCAAAUGAUUAUAGCUUACAAAUGAUGAAAACCCAAAAUACGGUUUCUCAGAAAAUAAUAGUGUUCAAGAUAACUAAAAUUAUUAGUUAUUGACACUUUCCACAAUGAGAGAGAAUAAGCCACAAAUGCUUAUUUUACAGAAGGUGAAAGUUCCCUUUUUGCUGCAUGCAAUUAUAUCAAUGGAAAGUUGAGUGGAAGGAAAGGUGAGGUAGAAACGGCUUCAGUUGUUUAAUCAGCUGUCUUCCUCAUGAUUAUGUAGAUCAUAACAUUUCCAUAAAACAGCUGCUUAGACUCCUCAAAAGGAGCGUAGACCAAGUAUUACAAUAGUUAUUCUCCGUGUCCUGAAACACUGUCUCCCUCUGCAGUCCUUUGAAUGUACUUUGCUUCACAAUCCUCUCAAGGCUGUGGUAGAUACUGCUGCUUCUGGAUCUUUUUAUUCUACGGCAUUUUUCCUUCCAUGUAACGUUCCAUGUCUGUAUCUAGUGCCUGCCCUUGUUGUGGAAAGUGUCAGCGACAAUCUGCUGGCGUUCUGUCAAGUCAGAAAUCUUCGCCUCGAUUGUGUCGAUUAGGAUGACCUUAACAUAAGCGUCAUUUUUUUCAUUGGCUUAUGUGAUGGUUGCAUUGUCAGAGAAACUAAAUUGUGAGUUUUUGUUACUUGUAGACUGUAAUUAAUAAAAUUACACUGAUGAGUUUCAUUUUGAAGCUGAAAAACUGAGAUUUUCUGUGAUAUUCUUAUUCACUGAGAUAAUCUGAAUUCAUCUGAGUGUCAAAAGCUCCAGAUGCACUAAUAAUCUUACUUCUGACAGUCUGUGAGGAUACAGAGCAUUAAAAAAUUAAUCCCCUGCCAAUGACAAGGUAGUGCAUGUGGUUUACAACUAAAAAUAUAUUAGAAUGUCUUUUAAAAUUUAAUUUAUAAAUGUAACUACAUAUCAGUGAGACACAGAGCAUCCUAAGUGGAUUAGAUUUGGAAGAUAAAGUAUUAUGGGACGAACUGACACUGUUGAUUUCUUUUUCUUUCUCGGAUGUUUUAUGGGAUUUGUUCAUUGUGGGGAAAAUAAAUAUUUCUAUUCACUCAUUUCCUUUAAUUCAGUUAUUUGUUUUAGUUGUUCUCUUGCUUCCCUUGAGAAUAUGUACUUUAAAGAAAAAAAAACUACACAUUAUCUUUUGUUACAGGUCGUUUUGUAUUUGUGUACUCUGAUGAAGACUCUUUUAUAUUCCCCGUUUUCGCUCCUUCGUGUGCUGCUUGGGGGUCAAGAGGUUUUCUCGCUUUUCAGCAGCACUCGGAGCGCUGAAUGCAAAAUUAUUUUGUGACUGCAUUUGCUUUUUCUGCAUGGGCUUCGUGGUUCAAGGGAAUACGACAAUGUUUGUUUACAUUCGACAAAAAUGGAAACAUUUUCAACUGAAUGUUGUCUCACACUGUAUUUUGCACCACCACUAACAUGUAAAUAAAAAGUACGUUGUUGUUUUUUUUUUUUUUUGUUUUUUUUUAGAAAGGAUAGAUCUUGUACAGUGAACAUUUGUCCUAAAAGGAAUAGAUUUUUUUUUUUUAAAUAACUUUUUAAAAUAAUCUUUUUCAAUGAUGUUUUACCUCAAAGCAUUUUGUACUUUACUUUUUGGACAAUCUAUGAUGUCUCCAGAAUUGUACUUUGUAUAAAUUUGUUAUACUGGCCCCAUAAAAAAUGAAUAAAUUUCGGUAAUAUCUAAAAAAAA